AUGGGCAAAUCUGGAGGAACCCUGCACAUCAAAGAAUGGAAGGAGGAUGUUGUUUACCUCUUCCAAUUCCCGAGAAUCAAGGAACUGCCCAACAUUUCGCCCUUCUGCCUCAAGGUUGAGAGCUUCCUGCGUUUACAUGGGAUUAAGCACGAGGUCAAAGAGACGAACAAGGUGCGCACCAGACAAGGGCUUCUGCCGAUGAUUGAGCUGAAUGGACGACAAAUCGAAGACUCCGGCGCUAUCAUUAGUCAUCUGCGCAAGCACUUCAACAUUCAGGAUUAUUCCGACGAAAAGGAGGCAGCCCAGGGACGAGCUAUCGCCAAAGCAUGCGACUACUAUACGUUCAACGUCACCUACAAGUACAAGCUGCUCGACAACCCAAAGAAGAUGGUGGCUGUCAUCCUGGCGGCCGUCAAGGGAUCCGGCUUUGUUAAAUCCAUUGCCAGUGUAUUUUUGACGAAAAACUUGUCGGGAAAGGCCAAGAAUCGCAUCGGAAGCUCCAUUGGAAUUUGGCCAGACGGGACCCACGAAGAAAUGCUGCGCGAAGAUUUGCGGAUGUAUGAAAGUCUUCUGAAGAAUUUUGCGGGCCAUAACUUUUUCGGGGACAAAAUCACCGAGGCCGAUCUGACAGUCUGGAGCCACUUGGCGAUUCUACUCUACCUUCCCUACGAUAUUCUGCCAAAAAAGCUGUUGCAGGAAGAGUUCCCACACACCAAAUCGUUCAUCGAGAGAAUCCGCGAAAAACUGUGGCCCGAUUUUGUGCACGAAAACUUCGAGCCGACCGUCACAAUUUCUCAU